UUCACAUCGCUCGAGCUCAGAGAGAGCAGCUUCUGGACUCACGGAGGUACACGGGUUCAAACCGGCGGCUUGCAGAAGGGGCAGGUGGACGUCUGCAUUGACUACCACCUCCGCUUGGCGGUCAGAUAGCAGCACCUCGGUGGAGAUUUGUUGACUUCUCAGAGCCCGUCUGUAACCUCGGUGUAAUUUGUCAUAAAUACAUGCCGUUCAAGUGUUCGUAGUAAACAGUUCCUCGAGAUGGAAAACACCCACACUAAAUCCACAUCAGAAGUUUUAGCAAACUUCGGUGUGAACGAAAACAAUGGACUCACGCUGGAACAAGUGAAAAUUAAUUCAGAGAAAUAUGGACCAAACGAGCUCCCAGCCGAAGAAGGUAAGUCGUUGUGGGAGUUGGUGGUGGAGCAGUUUGAGGACCUGCUGGUGAGGAUUCUGCUGCUGGCAGCCUGUGUGUCUUUUGUGUUGGCAUUGUUUGAGGACGGGGAGGAGUCAACCACAGCCUUCGUGGAGCCUAUUGUCAUCCUGCUCAUUCUGGUGGCCAACGCUGUCAUUGGAGUAUGGCAGGAGCGUAAUGCAGAGAAUGCCAUCGAGGCUCUGAAAGAGUAUGAGCCAGAAAUGGGCAAAGUGUACCGCAUGAACCGCACAGCCGUCCAGAGAAUCAAAGCUCGAGACCUUGUACCUGGUGAUAUUGUGGAGGUUUCUGUUGGGGACAAGGUGCCAGCAGAUAUCAGAAUCACUUCAAUCAAAUCCACCACCUUAAGAGUGGACCAGUCAAUACUCACAGGGGAGUCUGUGUCUGUUAUCAAACACACUGAUCCUGUGCCAGACCCUCGAGCUGUCAAUCAAGAUAAGAAGAACAUGCUGUUUUCUGGCACAAACAUUGCUGCGGGUCGGGCGAUCGGUAUUGUUGUCUCCACUGGCGUUUCUACCGAAAUCGGAAAGAUCCGUAAUCAGAUGGCAGCCACCGAACAAGAAAAGACUCCGCUGCAGCAGAAGCUGGAUGAGUUCAGCCAACAGCUCUCAAAGGUCAUCACCCUCAUCUGCAUCGCCGUUUGGGUCAUUAACAUCGGCCAUUUCGCCGACCCUGUCCAUGGUGGCUCCUGGAUCAGAGGUGCCAUCUACUACUUCAAGAUAGCUGUGGCCUUGGCAGUGGCGGCAAUACCAGAAGGUCUGCCAGCUGUUAUCACCACCUGCCUGGCACUGGGCACCCGUCGCAUGGCCAAGAAAAAUGCCAUUGUCCGUUCACUGCCUUCAGUUGAGACACUGGGAUGCACCUCAGUUAUCUGCUCAGACAAGACGGGAACCCUGACGACCAACCAGAUGUCUGUCUGCAGGAUGUUAGUGGUUAAUAAGGCUGAUGACACCAGCUGCUCCCUGCAUGAGUUCACCAUCACUGGCUCAACCUAUGCACCAGAGGGACAAGUGCUGAAAGGAGAUAGGCCAGUGCAGUGUGGAGACUAUGAUGGUCUAGUGGAGCUGGCUACUAUCUGCUCUCUGUGCAACGAUUCCUCACUGGAUUAUAAUGAGGCCAAAGGAGUGUAUGAGAAAGUGGGAGAGGCCACAGAAACUGCGCUCACAACGCUGGUGGAGAAGAUGAAUGUGUUUAAAACCGACCUCUCUGGAUACAGCAAAGUGGACAGAGCUUCAGCAUGCAACUCAAUUAUCAAGCAGCUCAUGCAGAAAAAGUUCACACUGGAGUUUUCCCGAGAUAGGAAGUCCAUGUCUGUGUAUUGCACUCCCAAUGCCUCGAAAUCUCAGAGCAAAAUGUUUGUCAAGGGCGCUCCAGAGGGUGUGAUAGACCGCUGUCAGUUUGUGCGUAUUGGCAAAGAUCGGAUUCCAUUGACCAUAGCGGUGAAGGAUGAGCUGAUGAGCACUAUUAGAGACUGGGGUACAGGCAGGGACACAUUGCGCUGCCUGGCUCUGGCCACACGAGAUUCUCCCCCUCCUGAUGACAAAAUGAACCUGGAAAAUGCUGCCAAGUUCUCGGAGUAUGAGUCAAAUCUCACCUUUAUUGGCUGCGUGGGCAUGCUGGACCCACCCAGGAAGGAGGUGAUUGGCUCAGUGAAGCUGUGCAGUAAAGCAGGUAUACGUGUCAUCAUGAUCACUGGAGACAACAAAGGCACCGCUGUGGCCAUCUGCAGGCGCAUCGGCAUAUUCAGUGAGGACGAAGAUGUGGAAGGGAAGGCCUACACAGGCAGAGAGUUUGAUGACUUGACUCCAGAGGCCCAGCGAGAAGCUGUGAAAAGGGCACGCUGCUUCGCUCGUGUCGAGCCUGCACACAAGUCAAAGAUUGUGGCUUAUUUACAGUCCUUUGAUGAGAUCACAGCUAUGACUGGCGAUGGCGUGAAUGAUGCCCCUGCCUUAAAAAAGGCUGAAAUUGGCAUAGCCAUGGGCUCCGGCACAGCUGUAGCCAAGUCAGCCUCAGAGAUGGUGCUCUCCGAUGAUAAUUUCUCCACCAUAGUGGCUGCAGUAGAGGAGGGCCGAGCCAUCUACAACAACAUGAAGCAGUUUAUCCGUUACCUCAUCUCCUCCAACGUGGGAGAGGUGGUCUGUAUUUUCCUGACAGCCAUCCUUGGUCUGCCCGAGGCUCUCAUCCCUGUCCAGCUGCUGUGGGUGAAUCUGGUGACGGAUGGUCUACCUGCCACUGCCCUGGGCUUCAACCCCCCAGACCUGGACAUCAUGGACAAGCCUCCCCGAAACCCUAAAGAGUCUCUUAUCUCUGGUUGGCUGUUCUUCCGAUACAUGGCCAUUGGUGGCUAUGUGGGUCUAGGAACUGUCAGUGCUGCCACCUGGUGGUAUUUAUAUGAUGAGGAGGGGCCACAGGUGUCUUUUUAUCAGCUGAGUCACUUCAUGCAGUGUACAGAUGAGAACCCCAUGUUCAAGGGCAUUGACUGUGAGGUCUUUGAGUCACGCUACCCCACCACCAUGGCUCUCUCAGUCCUUGUUACCAUAGAGAUGUUCAACUCUCUUAACAGCCUGUCAGAGAAUCAGUCUCUGUUGAGGAUGCCACCCUGGGUGAAUAUAUGGCUGUUGGGGGCUAUAAUCCUCUCACUGUCUCUACACUUCCUCAUCCUGUAUGUGGAGCCUCUACCGCUCAUCUUCCAGGUAACUCCACUACGCUGGUCCCAAUGGAUCGUAGUCCUCAAGAUCUCAAUUCCUGUCAUCUUAUUGGAUGAGGCGCUCAAGUAUAUCUCCCGCCACCAUUUAGAAGUUUAACUUUCUCAUCUCAUCUUUGAAAAGGUGAAGAGGAAGAACGGUACAGGAAGAGUCGGCAGCUGAAAUUCUAGGACAACUUCCUCCAGACACAUAUAACCCCCCCACCCCCACCCCCACCCCACCUUUUCCUACAAGCUUUUAAGAAUGCUCUUCAUACACACAUCCUUACACCCCUUGUUUUCACUCAUCCAGUGUCUUUGCUUUAUGUCCAGCCACCACUAAAAACAAGCAGGGCUUGUAGUUUGUUACAGUAAGUGUGUUUGUGUGAGAGAGUGAGCGAGAGAUUGUGCUUGUAUGUGUGUUGGCAUUUUUCAGCUCUCACACACUUGCUGUUCAUACUGUACUAGGGCAGUAAUUGGAGCUCUUGAGGGAACAGAUAAGGGUUAAACAUUUAAGGAUUUUGGACUUUGACUUUUGGGCUCCAAGAUAUCAUAAUUUGGCCAUGAUAUAUUUACAUUAGAAUGAGAUAAAAGAAGGAUAGAGAUAGCUCUUACUCUUGCUCUGUGGGCAUCUUCUAAUGUGUGUGUAAAUGUUUGUGUUUACACAGAAUGGCCAGUUUCUUGAGUAGUCUGCUCUAGAUUUUCUUUUCCUCUUUUUCUUCUUGUCUUUUCUUCCAUUUUCUCUUCAUUCACUCUCAGCGAGAUAUGUAUGUAUGCACUGUACAAAAAUGGUUGCCACCACCCAUGCUGAGAGGUCCUCCACUUUGCUAUAAUGUUUGUUUAGGUAACUGUUUACACGAGGCUUCUAUUGCACUUGAAUAAAAACCUACAUUUUUAUUUAGAUCAAGACUAAGCUAGGUGUGACAUAGUCUGCAUGCUAUUGUAGAAUAUCCUAAAUCAGAUCUGAUAACCUGAGAAUUUUGAUUCGUACACAAUAAGUUCAUUAGUUAACAUCAAAACGCUCAUGACAAUCCUAUGGAAUAAAUUUUAGCUGUAAUUAUUAUUAUUUUAUUUUUUUACUGAGAUGAGGCUGUUAAAGCAUAUUUAUGUAAUAUGUUCCUAAACUAUAAAGGGAGCAGGUGAAUUGUUCCAUCCCAGAAUUCUCCUCUUUACCUCUUCUAUUUAUUAACUCCAGUUUAACACUAGAAACUAUGUGCUGCAUGUACAUCAACAUGGUGCAACCUGCCACAGAAGUAUUAAUAUCAAUGGACAACAAGAGAGAGAGAGAGAGAGGACUCUGAGGAGAUGUGGAGAGGUAGAAAAGAAAGAAGGAAUUUGUUUAUUGAUGUGAAGAGUAAUCCAGAUCUGACUCAUUUUUACACAAAGACACACAAACACAUACACCCUCAUAAUGGAGUAAAAGGCUAUUACUUGAAUGUACUUUCAUACCCACCCUUCCUAAACUGUACCUAGUAUGCUUCUUUCUUCUGUGUUCAUUACUGUACAUUGCCACUUGGCUUUUUCCUCCCCCCCCCUCCCCAUAUUCUCCAUUUCAAAAUUCCAGUCAGUAUCAUAAUCAUAAAUGUUCUCUUCUUAACACAGUUGAACAUUAAUUGAACAUUGUCACUUAAUUCUUCAUUUCCACUGAGGGAGGACUCGUCACCGCUAGUGCUUUUCUUGCAAUCUUGAACUUUGCUACUUUAUUAUUACUUUACAUUUUUUUUUUUUUUUAUGUAUUUGACUGAAAGAACCCAAGUGGUUUAGUUGGUGAGUUUUGCUGUUAAGGGAAUGAUAUGGCUUCAUGAUCUGUUGGUAAAUGUUGGUGUGCAAUUUUCAGAAAAAUUGGCAAACCAACUGUCUGUGCCUGGUGUCAUUAUGCUUGCCAUGUUAAAACUGCUGUGUGGUAGAGUCUGUGUCUGCUUAUUAGCUGUGAUUCUUCUUAAAGCUAUUAAUUGUUACAUUGUGACAGUGGUGUGACUGUCUCUGUCACAAAUAGACAAUUCCUCUUCACUAGGGUCACCUGCUUUGCCAUUAACAAAUGUGAGCAGUCUAAAUGCCAAUUAAAACAGGCACUCAGCAGGGGCGGUGCCAGGAUUUUUUUACGAGGGGGCGGGCGGGGUACCUUGAUCAGUCUGUGGUGGCACUGAAAUUCCAUCCAACCGGGGGAUGGUGGUGCGCGAGUGUUAUAUAAUUCAACCGGUGGGGGGGCUUCAGGAAAACACUCACUCUUUUAUUCGGGACCCCCCUCUAGAACCACCCCUGGCACUCAGUUAAUGUCACGUUCUGUGUCCAAUGUUCUCUCACAUCUUCAGCUAUUGCAAUGGCAAUUAAUUCAGAACUGUUCUCUAAUAUAUUAGCAUACAGUAUAACUUCAGGGUUAGCAUACUGACACAAGGCAGUAAGGCCCCUCAUUCAUCAUGUCUACAGCGCACACUAGCAUCUGAACCAAUAGAUAGUGUGGGCUUGUUCAGCCUUGCUAAAAACUACUGAUCUCUUGAACUCUGUACAGAAGAAAAAAUAAAUACCUGAUUGCAUGGAAUCUAGUUACUGUAAUUAAUAACCUAUACAGUAUAUUUCAUUUUUCAAUAAUGGCUUAAAUGAAAUGCCAACAGGAUGAGAACAGCUUGAAGCUAUUUUUUCCCUGCGCUUAAUUAAUGAGGAUUGAGAAUAUUUUUUAGAAUAGUGGAGGUUGUUUAUUCAUUGUUACAGUUUGUUUGAAAAGGUUGCAGGGGGUUUUGUUGCUUUUAAAUUUAGUUAAGGAGUUCAAGUUUUAAAAUAAAUAUAAGAGCUGUGCUAAUAAUGAUAAUAUUUGAUAAUGGUAAUUUUUUGCAACUUAAAUUGGGUUUAGGAUUUGUAGUUGUUUUUGUUUGUUUUUUGUUUGUGUUUUUGUUUUUUUGUUUUUUCUCAAAAAAAAAAAAAAAAAACAUUGUGUGGUUUACACAGAGUGAUGUCCAGUUAUCAAGGCUGGAUUAUGAAGGUGUUCUCUUGAAGGGCUUGGUGUGGGUACUGUGCGUCCAGAGAUAUGAAAUGUCUGUGUGUUUUGCAGAAAUUUGGAUGUCCACUUUGUUUAGUCGUGCAAUUUAAAUUGGUCUUGUUUCAAUUAAUAUAUAUAUAUAUAUAUAUAUAUAUAUAUAUAUAUAUAUAUAUAUAUAUAUAUAAAGAAGAAUCAUAUUUUUUUUACAUUCUUGAACUCCUGUGUUGGUGUUUCUCCUACAUACUAUUUUAAAUUAAAGGAGAUUUUCAUCAAAUACUGAAUGUUUUAAUUUUUAAUCUUACUUGAUUGUUCCCUAUGAAUGCCCUCUUUGUCAUUUCUGAGACGCUGUAACAAUUUAUUUUGCUCUAUUUUAGAGGCAAUCAAGAACAUACAAAACAUAAACGUAGACAAUCAGGAAUGCAAAUAAAAAAAUUACAAUGAAGUUUCCCUUCUGACAACUCCAAAGCUAAUCCCAUUAGUUAGAGUACAGUGUGUAGUGAGAUGAUCCAUUCUUGCUGGACAGCUGUCUUUCUGCCUGCGCACAAACUGGCUGGAGCUUUGCACCCACUACUGAGAAUUAUCUGUAACGCCUUGGUAAUAUUAAUUGUGGAUACAUAAUUUUAUAUAUAUAUGAAAGACAUGUCAAAUAAAGAUUAUUUAUCUUCUAAUUUA